AUGGGCGGGCAUGGUUUCAACGAGGCAAAUCUGCCCUUUCCCCAACGGCCCAUUGUCAUCUUGGGAGCCGGUGUUAUAGGAUGUGCAACAGCCCGUCAACUACUACAACUUGGCUUCUCCGUGAAAUUAGUCGCGGAGUUUUUACCAGGAGAUCAAGAUAUUAACUAUGCAUCAGCAUGGGCAGGAGCAGCAUGGCAUGCUGCUGGUGGAAUUACUCCGGAUCAGCGAUAUAUCCAAGCCAUCACACACCGAAUCCUACUCCAGAUGGCCAAGAAUCCCGAAUCGGGUGUCAGUCUUGUCGAUGCUCGAGAGUAUCUAGAACAAAAGCCAGCGGCGGAUUCUGCUAUCUGGGGCAGGACCGUGCUUUCAAAGUUUCGCGAGAUGGAUCAGGGUGAAUACCCCGAAGAGUUCCAAUCCGCUUGGGCCUAUGAAACUUUAGUUGUAGAUCCCACCCGACACAUGCCAUACCUGCGAGAUGUAAUCAUACGUCUUGGCGGACAAUUUGUUCGGCAGCGAGUUCAAUCACUUCAAGAGGUCUUCGAUAUAUUCCCCGAAUCCCGAAUCUUGAUCAAUGCGAGUGGAUUAGGCAGCAAAACUUUGACAGAUGUCAUGGAUCAUAACUGCUAUCCUGAACGAGGACAAAAUGUAUUCCUCCGAACUGAUCAAUCUCACACGAUGUACUUUCGGAAUGGCCAGGAAUAUACAUACGUCAUUCCUCGUCCUUUAUCAGGAGGUGUUGUGCUAGGAGGUGUCAAACAGCAGGGUGAUUUAUCUCCCGAUGUCGAUCUUGACAUUAUGAAAGAUGAGAUUGCACGGGCUCAUCGACUCGCUCCUGAAAUAGUUCCCGAGCACCCUUCGGAGGAAGAUAUCAGCCAUAUUAUUGGGAUUCGGUCCUCGAGACGAGGUGGAUUCCGUCUUGACGCGGAGAAGCGCGGAGAUCAGACAAUUCUGUCAGCCUAUGGAUUUGGUGGCGGUGGAUACUCUUUUUCUUAUGGAAUUGCCGAUGCGUUGGUGAAAAUGGUAGAGAAUUCUGAGCGAGAGGGAGUGAUCCCAACACUUUGA